UAAUCUCCACCACUCACCAUUUCCAUCUCUCUCUCUCUCUCUCCAUCAAAGGGUUUCCACACAGCGCAGCGAAGCGGUUAGCAACAGACUCUCUCUUUCUUCCUUCUUCAUAUAUGGGCACUAAUUUCGUGGUUCUAUGGUAGUCUCCGUUUACUUGAGAGCUCCAAAGUAAUAGAUUUCAUUCUGUUGUUGUUGCUUCUGGAAUUGCAGCAAUGAUGAUGGGGUUGGAGAAGCUGGUGGUGAGGCUGAAGUCGAGGCUGAUGAAGGCGACGCACAGCUACAGGAAGAAGGCUUCUUCUUUUUCUUCUGCCGGCGGCGAGGAGCAGUAUUACUACGACAAGAUGGAGAAGAGCGAGAGCAUGAGGGUGGAGAUCCGGAGCCGGAAGGCGCAGAAGCUCAUCCAAGACACCCUCAAGAUCGCCGAUUCUCCCACCACCAGAACCUAUGCCCUCUGAGAUACAGAGAGAGGAAAGUCGUCCCCUGUAUAUGAGUGUCCAUCCAGUCCAAUUAGUACGAAUUUGUGUGUGCGCAUUUGUUUUAGAACGCGGACGAUAUCGUAGUACUGAUUGAGCUGUUCUGUCUAGGCACAAUAGUUCCCAUAUAGUUGAAUUCCGGUUGCAUAAUGUAUAGUUUGAAAGGGAAUCUUUCAUGUUAGGCGCACGUCAAAAUACUUUAUGGAAGAAGUAUUUUUUUUUUUUUAAGGGUUUACUGUAAUGUUUGGAUCUGGUGGAGAAAAAAAAGAGAAUCAUUCUGUUUUGGAGAGCAGUGUGCCAAAUGGUUUAGUAAGGGGGUCAAAAGUGAAAACCACCUUUUUAUUUUUUUUGUUUCUUUCCUUCAUGUCGCUAAUUGCCCAUAAUUCCGGUCAAUAUUCGACCUAUAAUUACUUGAGGAUAUGAUUAAAGAAGGGAUUGUAUGAAUUAUAUUUGCUAAGUAAUCUAAAGACACUCUACACACAGCCACACAAAUAUGGAUGAAAGAACAAACGGUGCAGACCACUUCCACGUGGGAUGCGCCCUCGAAACCAUAUCAAGUUGUUUUGUAUAUAUAUAAGGUUAGGACAGCAAAAUGCAUGGGAAGGAAUGUGUAGUUUACUACUUUGUUUCACAAAUGGUUUUUUUUUUACAUUUUCUCGUCGGUCGACCGCUACAAGGUACCAGGUUGGAGGUCAAAUUGUUUCAUUUUUUUUCUUUGGUUUUCGAAAUGCGCCUAUUUUCCGAUUUUUUUCGUUUCUCCUGACUCAAUCUUUGAAAUCUUGAGGUGAACAUUUGAAUAUAUAUGUGUUAUAUAAGUGUGUGUGUGAAUUUUCACUGUAUGUUGGAUCUAAGUACGACAUGUUAUUUUGGUGAAAUAUUAUAUGUUAUAACUCAUAUGUGAGAUGAGAUUUGAUAUAAUUUAUCAGGAUAAUUAGUACAAUAUAAUGACUCUUUCCAUAUUUUCAUGCUAAACUGAGUGACCCAUUAACCCUUGACCCACUAGCUCGACCGGGUUCGGAUCAGUCCGCCGGGUUGACAACCUAGUUGAGCAUUUGCAUAAAGUCAACCAACCAAGUUCGGACCGCCACCCUCUUAAUUUUCAGUCUAUUUCGGCUUGAUGCUGAAGCGUUUUGCGGUUCAUUGGUCAAACCCUAUUCAUUACUAUCAAUCUAAUUUUUCUCUCUAAUAAACUUCCAAAAUUAAGACGGGGUUUCUUUCUUUCUUUUCUUUGUUUCAGACGGAUGUUAAAUCAAAGCCAUACACAGUCGUAACGUAAUCCUUCCCAAAUCUUUUAUCCACCAAUCGGCCGCCAAUAAAACUUCAUUUUCAUGAGUUCUAAUCUAACUCGCCAAUUAACGUUGAAGAGGUGACCUUGGAAAGGAUAUCCAGCCACAAAGUUGCCAACUUUUCCACAACCUUCGAUCUUUUCCACGUAGUAAAGCUACAAAGGGGCCGAGGAAAAGCCUCUUUUGCUGACAAUUAAUAUUUGCAAAUCGACAUAUAGAAGAAGAACGGGACAUAUGAAAAGAUUUGACGUUAGUUAGAUUACUAAAGGGAAAAGACACGA